AUGUGGGGAAAGGAAGUAGUUUCAAGGAAAGUGGCUUCCCCUUGUCGAAGCUUCACUGCUGCCCCUUUGCUCCUUCUAGCCCAGCAUUCUGGGUUUCUUUCUUUCUUAAAUGACUCCAGUUACAGUUCUGCUGGUGUAGAUGAAGAACAGGAGAAGAGGAAAGUGCUCUCUUCCAUCCCACAAUGCUGCUUUGAUGUUCAGGACAGAAGGUAUCCUGCCACAAAGCCCCCUCUUGCUUCUGCAUGCCUUUUCCCCCUGCCUUGGUUUAUGUUCUUCUGUUGGAAGAAGAAUCUCCUCAUCACACUGGGAAACUCAAUCCACGUGAAGCAGUGCUUGCUGUUGUAA